CGACAGGAAGCGGUCACUUGUUGCCUUAUGUGAACGCGGCUUGAAGUUCUUUUCAGUAGAUCCAUUUGUCGGAGAGGUGACAAUGGCCAAGACGAACGAAAAAAAGGGCAAGAGUGCCAUCAAUGAAGUGGUGACUCGCGAGUACACCGUAAACCUUCACAAACGUCUCCAUGGAGUUGGGUUCAAGAAACGUGCACCAAGGGCCAUCAAGGAAAUCCGUAAAUUCGCGGAGAAACAGAUGGGCACACCUGAUGUCAGGAUUGACACUCGUCUCAACAAACAACUCUGGUCCAAGGGUAUCAGAAACGUUCCAUUCAGAGUUCGUGUUCGCCUGAGCCGAAGAAGGAACGACGACGAAGACUCCGCCAACAAGCUGUACACUCUGGUCACAUACAUCCCCGUCGUGAGCUUCAAGAGUCUGCAAACAGAAAAUGUUGACGCAAGUCAAGAUUAAAUUUUUCAUUAAUAAAUAAUAUUGGCUCGUCA